UGAUGCCGUCGUACAAACAGUAAUGCAAGUGCUGCUGGUAUUGGCAGACUGACACCUAAAAUGAACGCCUUUGCCCGAGGGGCGAAACCUUUUUAUGCACAGGGCUGCAACUUAACGAUGAGCUCUGAAAGAAACGCAGAGUGAACAACCUCCCUGACUUAGGCUACACUGUCUAGAUGCCGUCUAUGUGCCUACUGAAGGUUUAUAAAGACCGUGAGAGAGAGACAGAAGAGGGAGAGCCUGCAGAGGUGAUCAUUCAGAAGUUUCGUUGCAUCAAAGGACUUGAAAUCCGCUGGAAUGGAGAAUCUUUGUGGCUUCUUCAGAAAUGUGAAUCUUAAAUUCCUGUCGUAAUGGAAUUCCUUUGUAGUUGCCAUUUUGUCAGCAGACGUCUUCCAAGUGACAAUCUGAGCUGAUAUCGGACUGAGGGAUUGAAGUUUCAUGCAGAAUGGUGUUAGAAAUACUUCUGGUUCUUCAGUGUCUGGCGGUAAUCCUGCUACUGGUCCGUCUGCACAUCUCUGAAAAUGAAAAAUCACAGGUGACUUCAGAAUUGCAAGACAUGAAGAAAUCUGAGCUUCAUUUACAUUGUCUUCUGAAAAUGUGUGAAAAUGAAAAGUCACAACUGGUGUCUGAACUGCAAGACUUGAAGGAAUCCAAUGAUAUGGUAGAGGAGACCAUUGAAACCUUGAAGCAUGAACUUCAGAACGAGAGGGCCCUCAUAUUCCGACUCUCCAGGUCUGUACUUCAAAUAUUAGAUAGGAACAGCUGGCUAACCGCUCGAAAUGCCCAGCUGGAGACAGGGGUGGUAGGGCUCAAUCAGAACACCACAGCUCAAUCUUCAAGGAACACACAGGCUUCUUAUUACAACAGACACCAAAAUGACAAAGCCAAACUAGACCUAAUGAUAGACGCUCUCUGCUCCCACAGUAAAGUUCGCAUGAUCAGUUACAUAAAAGACAUAGAUGGAGGCAUAUCAGAGAAAAUCUCUGAGCAUCAGAUCGAAACCAGAAUAGACGUGGAGGUGCUCAUCCUCAAUCAUUUUUAUGACGCCUUUGUAACAGUGACCACUUCAGAAAUGAAGCAGGCCCAGCAGAUUGUGGAGCCCAUUGUUGGUGAACUGUUUAAAUUCAUGAAAAGCAAUCAAAAAUCACAUCAACCAAAGUUUGUGGGAAAUGCUCCUUUAAAGAGUGGAAGUAUAGAGGAGCAGCUGAAGGUUCUCCAGGCAGAUGAGUUUGAUUUCAUGUUUCCUAUUGAGCUGCCUCAUGGGAUAUCACCACAAUUUCAAAUGUGCCACCUGCAAUCAAACUGUCCUAAAGAUCAGUACGGGUUUGGGAAGAUUGAGGUUCAGCAGAAUGUCUUUAAUGAUUCAACCAAGCAAUUCAUGGAGAAAUUUGUGAUUUGUCAGUAUCUACAGGCUAACAAGAUCAAGGACUGGUUUAAAGGUGCCGUACAAAAAGGUCUAAAUUACAUCAAUGCACAUAAGGCAAAAAUCUGUGAGAAAGCAGGUCAGAAAUGUUUACAAAUCGAACAAGUCAAACUGAACGAGAUGAGCGCCGGAAUAUGCCUGGUAAUCGAAUUACCAGAAGAAUCCAUCCUGGUAGAUGUAAUUCCUGCAGUUAAAGUAGACAACAGCAAUAUGUACCUCAUAACCAAGUCUUUAAAAGCAGAUUCACCUUCACUGUGGCGUCUGUCAUAUUCCCUCUAUGAGAUGAAGCUGAUUGGCCUCCUUGGUGAGUUUUUAGGCUCAACUCAACACACAAAAUGUUUGAAGAUCCUCAAAGCACUAAGAGAUCUCGACGCUGGCAUGAACUCUUCUUCUCAGCUCUCCUCUGUGCUGACUUCGUACCACCUCAAAACCAUGCUGCUUCACAUAAUGCUAAAUGACCUGCAAAAGAAGUGUUCAGAUGGCAAGUGGAAAAGUCGGGCCCUUGUUUAUGAGAUGAGGAACCUCCUGGAAGUGGCUGAAACCACAACUGACAACAAGGAGCUUGAAAAUGUCUUUUUCAGCCCCUUAAUGAGAGAAAUUUCAUUUCGUGGCAGAUCUCUGCAGGAGCAUUUAAACAUCCCAGACUGGGCCAUCGCCAAGGACCACAGUCAGGCCCUAAACCUCUUCUCAGAACACCAUAUUGACCAUAAUUCUCUCAACCAGGUCAGUGCACGGAUGGAGGAGAUCCAGGAACAGUGGUUAAAUGUGAUUCAUCAGCACGUUUAUCUCUUGGUUAUGGAAAUUGUUUAUUAACAAUCACCCUGGGGGUUCUAUCUUCUUCACUUUCACACCAUAAAAGUCUCACAUCUGAAGAUAAUAUAUUGCUGGUAGAUAAUAAACAACUUUGUAAUCUGUUGUCUGCUAUAAUAAAUUCAUUUUUGGAGAUAUAUAAUGGGUUUGUGGAGGAGUCGGAGAUCCUUUCAGAACCUGUGAAAGGCUCAGAAAAAUGUAUUCUUGAAAUUGGUAGUUUCUAUGUAUUAGAAAAGUAUUAUAAGCACAUGAGAAAAGUAGACACAAUAUUGUAUUAGUUAUUAAGAUGUGAGAAAUAGGAGUUAAAAGGCUCAUGCUUACAGGGGGUCCUCAGGUUACGACACAGUUCCGUUCCUACAGCAGUGAUGUAACCCGAAUUUUGGUGUAAGUCAAAACACACCCUAGCCUAAGUCACUUACCUAUCCUAACACAUUUGCAAAAUUAUAAUCUAGAACAUAAAAACACAAGUAAGCCACUAAAGGAA